AUGGGAGAGGUCCUCAAGAGGAAUAUGGAUAGGUAUAUGUCGUCGGCAGCCGCUGAAGAUAAUGCUUCUGAUCUCCCCCAGCGGACGCUUAAUUCCCCGCUGGUUCAUAUCAACCAAGUCGGCAAUAGUCGAGGUCUGGGUCACGUGUGUGGCUUCCCCGGGAGACCAGCGGAUGGCGGCUACUACUUAGACUUGACGGUUGCGCAGCCGGGCGACACUGUGGAGUACUUCUGCUGGCCCGGAUUCUCGCUGUUCGGAAAGAAGGAGCGCGUCUGCCUGACCGAGGGCUUCUGGUCCGACCGCAUGCCAAUCUGCAUGGAGAACCUGGCGGAGGGACAGCACACCACUUCGUCCAUAGUAAAGGAGGGGCAGGUAUCCAGCCUGGCGGUCGAUGGCGACAGGACAACAUGCACCAUUCUGGAUCGCGCCACCACACAGCGCUACUGGCAGGUCGAUCUGCCGCCAGGUGUGCGCAUCGGUCACGUUGCUAUCACCAUUUCCCCCUUUGACGAGGAUGAAAGUAAAAGAAGGAGGAGAGAAAUGUGGCCCGGAGAGCAUUUCGUUGCUGAGGGUAUACUAGACGGCAAAAGGGAAAAGAGACAUUUCUACACCCAGCACUUCCAGUUUCCAAAAAAACCCUUCCAACAGCUCACAAUAUAUAUUACCAUGGUAACAGAGGCUUUAAUGGCGCUGUACUCCAAGUGCUUGGACUUCAAAGGGCUGUUCUACAAAUCUCGCAUGGUGCUCCCGUGUGACGGCAAGGAUGGCCUCAGUGGAAAAUUCCUGUACAUCCAAGACAAUAGCAAUGAGUACACACAGACGGUUCUCUGCGAAGUCGAAGUCUUUCCUUACAGAGGUGCAGAAAAAUGCGGUGAUCCAGAAAUUCCCGUGUACGGCAACGUGACAGUGGAUGAUGGAACAGCAACUUAUACGUGCGACCAAGGCUACAAGCUGCAAGGAGUCAGCAUCCGGGUGUGCGCAGUUGGAGGACAGUGGUCCGAUUACCAACCCGUCUGCGUUGAGAUUACCUGCGGUUCUCCGGACAAGUAUCCCCACGCCGAGGGCGAGACUACUAACGGGUUGACAACUAUAAAUGCUACUGCUGAAUAUAAGUGUGACUAUGGCUACAUGAUGUCUAAAGAGUCCAUUAAGACGAUGGUGGUAUGUCAACAAGAUGGGACCUGGGACAAAGCUUAUUUUACCUGUGACAGAGAUUAUACAAUCGAUUUAAGAUUUUAUCUUGGGGACAAGCGAAAGACUGGAAAUUCCUUCAUCGGAAGAGAAGACCCUUUUAGCUUUCCGUUAGUGACUGCAACACUGUGCGUAGGUGUGCUUGUGAUGCUGGCUGUUGUAGUGGCCUGUAUCGUCACAUGGUAUCGCGCCAAACUAGUGAGAGAGAUGUCAGCUACUGAUGAUGAUGAUGACAAUUCUUUCGCAACAAACGAAGAAGACUAUAUUAAUUCAGAAGAAUAUCCCGCACCAAGUAAUGUUGCAACAAUUUCCGUGAGUGAUCAGCCGUUCAAUGAACUGCCACCUAUUUUGGAAGAUGAAGAGACUUUUGAAAUGCAACCCCUUGAAAUUCCAUAUAGCUGCGAGCACAGAGAACUAGACAUAAAAAUUUCAAUUCCGGAAGUCCAAACCAAUGCAAAGAAAACUAUUACUUGGGGAGAAACCAAAUACCAGACGAUAUCAACGUCCCCAACAAAUGAAUAUUGCUACAAAGCUUUAGGAAUGAGAGCAGAGGAUAGUGUGAUGUUGGAUACGGAAACAUUGCCGGAGCCGCAAGCAGAUAUUGAAACAGAUGAUAACAAUGAUAGCGAUGGAAGUAACACUGAGGCAAAAAUUCGUUGGUCACUCCCUUCUUCCCUCAAAUCCUUUUUUAAGUUCAAAAAAAUAUUUUUUGGAAACGAAAUGCGCAACGAGGAUCAUCCAGAGAACAACCAAGCCGAGAUGUGUGCUCAGGUAGAUAAUUUCCUUGACGAGAAUCCGGAGGCAGAUGAAAAUUUACAGUACCAGGAGUGCAGUGGAGGAAUUGCAAAUCCGAGUGCCGAUCAGGUGGUCGCUUUGUCUCAUUACGUUCUCCUUGAUGGAAACCCUGAUCUCUAUCCAGGCCUUCCUACGGGGCCAGCUAAGAUGCCAAAGGGGCGUUCAACCUUCUCAGCUUUCAAGCAGCUCUUUUCUCCAUAUACUGAUAGAAUGUAAAUUUGGUGGUAUCUACAGUCAACAACAACAGUCAGUUUCACAUUA